AUGCACUUGCUAUAUUACAGAAAAGAUGUCUCCAUUCCCAUUAAAAGGAGCUCCAACGAGGCCACGCACAACAUGCAUCGUCUGUUACAAAGGCAUGCUAAUGAAGCAUCUACACCAUCUGGUACUGUAAUAUCCCCUUUGGUUACCCCUACAUCCACACCGACAACAUCUACCUCUCCACCAUUUGGAAGUGUAUCAACCCCUUCAUCCACACCAGCCCCAUCGUCUGCCCCUGCCUCCACAACAAUCCUAUCAUCUACCCCUGCAUCCACACAUACACCAUCUACUCCCCCACUGUUUGGUACUGUAUCAGCCCCAUCAUCCACACAACCCCCAUCUUCUGCCCCUUCCUCUACAGAAACCCCAUCGACACCAAUUUCUACCGAACAACAAGAUGGACGCAUACAUAUUAAAGUUCGAGAGAAUGCGUUAUUACCUUUAGGUAAAUGUUCAACCAUAAUUAAGAAAUCAUUCCUAGAUAAAGUGGAUGAAAAUGGAUAUAAGUGGGUAACAAUAAGCGAAGAGAUAAAACAAUUUUAUUGGGAAGAGUUUCAGAAAAAAUAUCAGUGGGAUGCUGUAGUUGGUGGAAAAGCCCCUCCUACUCAUAAUGGCGGAUCGGCUUCACAUCAACAAAUUGCAGCCGACAUGGAGGAAUAUACGGGACAAGCUCCAUCAUGCUAUGAUGUAUUCAUGUUUACUCAUACUAAGGAUCAUGAUGGAAAGACGUUUCAAGUUGACAAAGCUAAAGAAGUUCAUGAUUUGUUUGUGUCACGACAUGCGGAUUUGGCACUGCUGGGAGAGGAAGUUGAUGAAAGUGAACUAUUUUAUACAGUUGUCAGAGGACAUGACCGUAAGAGAAGAAUUUAUGGGCUUGGAUCAUAUGACAUGUCCAUUUUUCGUGAAAAUUCUUCUCAAACAUGCACUUCACCGGAUACAACUUGUGAAAAACAUCAUCUUGAGACCAAGAUCCAGAAACUAUAGAGGAAACCAUAGAGCAACAAAGGAUGGACUUGAAUAAUGUGAGAAACAUGAUAAAUGAUAUAAGAAGCACAAAUAACCAGUGACAGAUU